GUUUACUGGAAUGUCUUCCAGUGUGUUGCUGACAUUUGCUUAGAGCAGACGAAAUGGUAACAUACAUAAAAGUAUGCAAUUUGAUAGGAAUAUCCUGCGUAUUGGUUGUGUGUUUGUACGUAAAUAUAUCUGCUGGAAGUAAAGAAACCGAGAGCCAGAAAAUUGAAACAGCAGUUAAGAAACUUGGACAUGAUGAUGAUGAUGAACUAAAAGUUAUCCAGAAAAGGGCUGCAAGACGAGUCGUAAGGCACAGAAAGACGCACAGCGAACAACCCACAUACACGCACAACGUUAAACACACAAAGAAACACAGCGAACAACCCACGAAGAAACGCAAGGAAGGACACACGAAGAAGCAUGAUGUCCCCCAAAAUGUCACCACUGCAGGAACUUCUACCAAAGACUCUAAUGAUACGGAAGAAUCUAUAUAUGCUAACAAGAAAACGGAUGUCAACCAGAAAGCCGUGAUAAUUGGAGAAGAAAAUGGACCCAAGGCGAAACCCAAGAAAGUGGACCCCACAGAAGUGGCUGACGAUGACCUCAAAACAGGGGUUAUCAUCACAAUCAUCGUCGUCGUCAUCGCUUUCGUUGGAUGUGGAGCUGUCAUGUGGGGGAGACGAGAACAGAUAAAAGGAAUCUUGUCAGGCGUGAAGGAAAAAAUGAAAAAAGACAAAGGAGACGAUUAAACUGUAAAUCUGUGGAUCAGGAUCUUUCACUGUGUUACAGAGAUUUGAAUAAUAAUACUGAAACACUU